AUGCAUCGAUUACCUGAAAUGGCCAAGCACUUCGAUUUACCUGUCAAUAAAGAUAAGCAGCCACAGUCAAUGCGUUCAUGUUUUAAACAUGAAGUAUGUAGAUUUCAAUCAGGAGAUAGAGAAUGUAGUGUUAGUCACAGCGUUUUAUUCCCUGUAUUUUUCCUUCUUUUCAUUCGCCUCUCUCUCUCUCUCUCUCUCUCUCUCUCACUUCCAUAUUCGUUCUUUCUUUGCAUAACCUUUCAAUUUUUCUCUUUCUUUCGUCCUAUUUCCUCCCUUUUUCUUUUAAGUUUAAAUUAUUUUCUUUCUCUUUCGCUUUCCUUUGUUUCCAUGUUUUUCUCUUUAAUCUUUCCUAUGUCCCUAUAUUGUUCCUUUGCUUUAUUCCAUAUUAUCCCACGUUCUUGCUUUAUAUGCCCUUUCUUUAUUCGCUAUUUUCCUUUCUUUUUCGUAUUUUACUUUCUUUUUCGUAUUUUUCUUUUCUUUUUCGUAUUUUCCUUUCUUCCAUUUUUAUUUUCUUUUUUCCUGCUUUUAUUUUACUUUCCUAUGUUUUUUUUUAUUUUCGUUACUUUUAUUUUUCCUAUUUUCUUUCGCGCUCUUUCUCCCUAUUUACUGUCGUUCAAUCUGUAUUUUCCUUUCAUUUUCCCGUAUUCUGUUCAUUAUUUACUUCCCUUUUCCUUACUUUUUACCUCAUAUUUCUUUCCUUUUUUUAAGCUUUUUUACUCUUUUUUCCCCUGUUUUGUUUCUCUCUCACACACGACUUUUUCUUUAUAUUUUCUUUUCUCAUAUUUUCUUUUCUCUUUCAUUUUCUACUUUUCCUUUUUACAUGCAUUCAUUCUUUCUUCGUUUAAUUAUUACCGUUUCUCUGUUUUUCUUUUGUAUGCGAUUUUUCAUGUUUUAGACUUUCUAUCUACUUUAUUUGGCUCAUACAAUUAUCAAUAG